UGAAUUAAUAAAAUUUACAGUAUUUAGUUUUAAAUCUUUUCUAACUUUGUAGCAGGUUUCGCUCUGGCCACCAGGUGGCGCUGUGUCCUCGGUGUUGAGGGCUGAAUGGGGCAGAAAAGCUCAGCUCCGGUUUGGCUGCUGGUUUCGGGUUCUGGUUCUGCUCCAGGCCGCCACUGAGGCUUUCAGCCGGCGGUUUGGAGCAGAACCGUCCGGUAUUCGGUGACGCAUCCCGGCUCGUCCUCUAAGCCUCUUACUGUAAUCACGCUCCUGCUGAGGCGGUAGGACACGGUUCCUCCGCCUCACAGCUGCUCAGAACCGGUCCGGGCUCGGACCAGGAGUCCAGGAUGCCGUGUGGAGACGCGGUGGCCGUGUGGGACGUGGCUCUGAGCGACGGCGUCUAUCGGGUCGAGUUCGCUCAUGGAACCACCACUGGAAAACGGGUCGUCUACGUCAACGGGACGGAGGUGAUGAGGAAGGACUGGAUGUUCAAGCUGGUUGGGAAGGAGUCGUUCUCGCUGGGCGGCGCCGACACCAAGGCCACCGUCAGCAUCGAGGCUGUCGGCGGCUUCGCCUACCAAUACUCGCUGACCGUCGGCGGCAAGAGCCUGCAGAAGUUCAUCGACCACAGAGCCAAGACCACCAAGACCUGGGUGGUCCGGGUGGACGGGACGGACUGCAGGGUCGUCCUGGAGAAGGACACCAUGGACGUCUGGUGCAACGGGCAGAAAGUGGAGACAAGGGGAGAGUUUGUGGACGACGGCACAGAGACCCACUUCACCCUGGCAGAACAUUCCUGCUGCAUCAAGGCCACAAGUGGAGGCAAGAAGAAGAACGGCAUCGACCACAACCUGCUGCUGGACGGACUCAAGGUUUCUGCUUCCUCCCAGUAGAGCCGGACCAGAACCAGUAGAGCUGGACCAGAACCAAUAGAGCCGGACCAGAGGUUCAGACAGACCCAGCAGGGGGCGCUGUGGGAUGGCCUCACAGAUGUGGGACUUCUUGUUUUUCUUUUCUGACUCUAACAAAUAAAGCUGUAUCUCCUGUGCUGGUA